UUCCCUCACCUAUAGAGCAUCAUGGGUCAAAAAAUACUUUGGCUUGCCAUAGCGAUCGCAUUGCUGUCUCUUGGAUUCUCGACCGGUCUGAAGGCAAAGUGUGACAAGAGGCCUACGCUGACGGGACCCUGUAAGCGUUACAAAGCUAGGUGGUUCUACUCCAGCAGCCUCAAGGAGUGCAUCAUGUUCCACUGGGGUGGUUGCAACAGAACGGAGAAUUUCUUCGACAAUGGAGGCGAUUGCGAAACACUGUGCAUGGGUUUGGGCGAGGUUAAGUACACCGAGUAAUUCGGACGUCCGACUUCAGCCCUGCCAAAGUAAUCAAAAGUAAUCAAGGCGAAAUUUGAAAGAAU